ACUGUGACAUGCGGAUCACGCAACAAAAAUUGAACGGACGAAUCAAAAAUUCUAACCUCCAAUACUUCUAUCCGUUACAUUUACAUUGGCUGCUUUUGUAAAAUUUAUUUUUUUUCGAUACUUUAAGUGUUUCAUGUUAAGUUAAAAUCAUUUCGUUACCAAUCAUCGGAACUCCCCCCACUGUAUACUAAAGAACAAUAAAAACAUGUCCAACUCGGACGAAAAUUUCGAUAAAACAACAAAAAAUCCAUGGAAUAUGGUUUUCAUGCGCGACGAAAAUGAUGGAGCACAGAGUGAGGAUUACAAAAUUUCUGCGUCACUGAAACAGAUUUGGAGUGACGUUUCCGAUGAUAAAACAGUUGGUGCCGGUGGUGCCGGUGGUGCCGUUGGUGCCGGUGGUGCCGUUGGUGCCUGUAGCAGUGCAGAUCUUUCGCAGCACAAUGUUCCGCAAGGACAUUUCGCACAACCACCGCCACCAACCGAAUACGUCCAAUUCGGGAAUAAUGUGAUAGCCAUAGCUGCUCAAUCGACGCCUGUUGUGCAACCACUUGGUAUGGGAUCGCAUUACAACACAGUCUCAAAUAACGUAAAUUCUAACUCGACGAAAAAACGAGCCAUAACAUCACGUAAUGGCGGCUGCAGUACGCAGCAUCAUGGUAAUGAGAACCGCGAGAAUCAGCCGAGCAACAACAGCUCAGUAUCGACAAACCUGUCAAACUCAUCGAUUUAUGAGAACUCAGUAUAUUGGGCACAAACUCUGCCGUUCGAAGCAUUUUUGCAGAAAGUUCAAGUGAUCGUCAAAAAUGGCUUCCUGGAUCCCAAAAUCUUGACCGAACCUACGGCACCGGAAUUUUACGACCUGUGUCAAAUGCUCAUUUUUUAUGUUAUGGAAUACGGUCGAGCUAAACUCAAUUCGAAUCAACAGGAAGUUGAAAACACUUUCAAAAAAAUCAGUUUGAUUCAAAGCGAAAUCGCCAGAAGCCAAGAGCAAUUCAUUGAACAGACCCGUAUUCAGCAGACCAUACUGGAAUCGUUUGCCGCACAGGAACAAAAACAGCAAAAUUUCACUAGUCAGCCAAUGUCGAACCCGUACGGACAAGUAAAUGGUAAAAAUCAGUGGCAGAAUGUUCCUAAAGCACCAGAAACGACGCCAAGUCAAAGGUUUGCUCAACGACAGUUCGAUCAGCCACAGUUCGAUCAACGACAGGUUGAUCAACGACAGUUCGAUCAGCGACAGGUCGAUCAACGACAGGUCGAUCAACGUCAGUUCGAUCAACGACUGGCCGAUCAACGACUGGUCGAUCAACGACUGGUCGAUCAGCGACAGUACGAUCAACGACAGUACGAUCAGCGACAGUACGAUCAGCGACAGUACGAUCAGCGACAAUACGAACAACGGCAGUACGAACAACAACAGUACGAACAACAACCGUUCGGACAGCAACAGUUCGGUCAGCAACAGUUCGCCCAGCGACAGUUCGAUCAACGACAGUUGGAUCAGGGACAGUUCGAUCUAUUCCCGCCACAGCCAAUUUCAACUGGAAAUUUCGCAUUUUUACCGAAAGCGAAAAAUACGGAUAAACGUUCACGUGAGGCGACUCGCUUUUAUUCACAACAAGACGGAAAUUUUCCAGCAAACUAGCUCGUUUGAAUGAAAAAAAUCGAUCACGAAAGUCGAUCUAAAACAAAAAUUUCUUCUUCUAUUUAUGUUAUGUUUUUUUACAGAGUAUGCGCGCGCGAGAAAGACGGAGGAAAGUGGAUAUUGAAAAGAAUUUUUUUUUUUGUUUUUCUUUUUAUUGUUUUUUUUAAGUUGUUCAUUUAAUUUUUCGUGUUUCAUUUUAUUGUUACAUAUUUUGCAACUUUAAUUCUAACAGACAAUUUUGUAUUGAUUUCAUUUAACUUUGCGCUUAUUAUUACAAUUAAUUUAGCGAAUUAUUUCUUAAGAUUAAUUUAGAAAAUUAAAAAAAUGUUAACACUAAUUCUAAUCGAAUUGAAAUUAUGCAAGAAAAUUACAACAAAAACAAAAAAAAAAAUAUUUCAAUUUUAUCACAGAUUUCUAAAGGGCGCAAAAUGCUUUAUCAAUAACUUUAUGAUGAAUAAAAUAUUUAGUUGUUAAGUGUA